AUGGCAACCCAGCAAGUGGGCAGCAGGAGGCGGGUGGCCACAGAGCGGGUGGCAGCCCAGCUGCUUGAACGGAGAAGGGACAGCCACUGUGAUGACAAGAAGCAGACACUGUUGGCAUUGCUGAUCUUGGUGCUGUACUUGAGCACAGGGAUAUCGGGAAGCAGUUGGGAGGUGUCAGAAAGGAUCAGAGAAUGUAACUACUACCAGAAUCUUGUAGUUUCCCAGGGGCUUGAAUAUCAGACUGAUGAGCCCUCGGAAGAACCGAUAAAGACCAUCAGGAACUGGCUGAAGGAGAACUUGCAUGUCUUCUUGGAGAAGUUAGAGGAAGAGGUGCGAGAGCUGGAGCAGCUAGUGCGGGACCUGGAACUGUGGCUGGACGCUCUUCUGGGAGAGCCGCACCUGGAGGAGCACUGCUCCACACAUAAAAGUCACAUGUGA